AUGUUCCGAGAGUUACUUUGGAGCAACAAGACCGUAAUUGCUGCCUCCUCGGCAGCAGUUGUGGGUGUCAUUGCUGGCUAUCCAUUUGAUUCAGUGAAAACUCGAAUGCAAACAGAACCUUACGGUUCAAUUACAGCAUGUGUCCGACAGACGUAUCGAGAAGAAGGUGUGCGUGGAUUCUUUCGAGGAGUACUGCCACCACUUGUCACAGUCAGCAUCAUCAAAUCCAUCUCGUUCUCCGUGUACGAAGAAACAAAAUCUUUCUGCAAAUCAAGAUUUCCUUAUUUGAAACGAGAUGAAUUAGGUCCUGUGAUGUCCAUAUCAACCCUCGGUGGCGCCUUUGAACUGGUCAAGAUCCAUAAACAGCUCGAAUUUUUAUUGUUGCAGGCCAGCAGUAUAUCGACAGGUGCUACUGUUGUCCGUGAAAAUAGGAAAAAACAGGGUAUCAAAUGUAAUCUACCAAAAGCCACAUCGAGCUGGCAUUCAGCAAAAGAGAUUGUUCGGUUAAAGGGAAUACGUGGUUUAUGGAGCGGAUUCGGUUUGCAUUUUGUGCGAGAUGUAAUCGGCACUGGUGUAUAUUUUGGAGGCUAUGAGACAACCAAGUUCCUUCUUUCUGGACCUGAGAGGACAGCAGGGCCCAUGACACAGUUUCUGGCAGGAGGCGUGUGUGGCAUUCUUUGCUGGCUUGCGGUGUUCCCUAUCGAUCUUGUCAAAUCCUUGAUGCAGAAGGAGAUUCUGGCACAGCAACCAACAUAUAAAAGCACAAUGCAUUGUGUACGUGAUAUUUAUAAGUCCCGUGGACCAACUGGUUUUUAUCGUGGCAUUGCUGUCACUCUGUUACGUGCUUUUCCGCUAGAUGCUUUAAUGAUUAAACAACAACCUGCCAAUCAGAAUUCAUUCCCUCAAUUUUUUGGUGUACGAACAAACGCUGGUCCUGCUAUGGGCCAAGAAAGCACGCUUGGCUAUGGCACGCUCGAAGCUGAAGAAUACGACCGUCCUAGCGAUCAAUUAGACGCGGAUGUUCAGGAAAUGGUGUCACGCAUGACUUUGGAAGAAAAAAUCGGCCAAAUGACUCAGAUCAAUCAAGAUUUGGUCCUGGGUGAAGAUGGCGUGCUCAACAGAACAGCCGUGGAGCACUAUGCCCAGAACUACUAUGUAGGAUCCUACCUAAACCAGUUGGCACGGGAUGGUAUCAACUUUGACCAUCAAGAGUAUGCCAAGACCAUCGAAGAAAUCCAAGAGAUCACGUUGGGUGUGAACUCCACCUACAAAAUUCCCAUUAUCUAUGGAUUGGACCACAUUCAUGGUGCUCACUAUGUUGCAAAAUCAACUAUCUUCGCGCAUGGUGUCAACCUUGGGGCCAGUUUCAAUCCCAAACUUUCAUACGAUACUGCUGCAGUCACAGCCAGGGAAACGCGCGCCGCCAAUGUGCACUGGACGUUUGCGCCUGUGUUGGACAUUCCAAUGAGCAAACAAUGGGCGCGUGUUUUUGAAAACUUUGGUGAGGAUCCUUACAUGUCUGGCGUUAUGGGUGCUGCUGCUGUUCGUGGUUACCAAGGCAAAUACAAGACCGAUCGUUCCAAAGUCGCUGCCUCCAUGAAGCAUUUCAUCGCCUAUGGAGCCCCUUACAGUGGCCAAGAUCGUGACACGACCAUAGUUUCCGAUCGUAUUGUGCAUGAUUAUUUCGUUCCUGGAUUUAAGGAAGCUGUUGAUGCCGGUGUUGCCACAGCCAUGGAGAGCUAUAUUGAUGUCAACGGUGAGCCGGUUGUAGCUUCGCACAAGUAUUUGCAAGAAAUGCUGCGCGAGCAAUUGCAGUUCAAGGGCAUGCUUGUAACAGACUGGGCUGAAAUCGAGAACUUGUAUACGACCCACAAAGUGGCCGCCUCACAUCGUGAUGCCGUGCGCUUGUCGAUUGGCAGCACUAGCGUUGAUAUGUCCAUGGUGCCUUCGGAUGUCAUAUUCUUUGACGAACUCAAGCAGCUGGUGCUGGACGGUGUCAUUGACGAAGCGCGUAUCAAUGAAUCCGCUGGUCGCCUCUUGCAGUUGAAGAAGGACCUUGGCUUGCUGGAGCCUGACGGUUGGAAAGUUGACCCAAACUUGGCGAUUGGUUUACCCGAAGAUAUUGAGCUUGCACGCGAUGCUGCUCGUGAGUCUGUUACACUGCUCAAGAACGAGAACGACGUGCUGCCUUUCAAGGAGGACACGAAGCGCGUCUUGAUCGUCGGUCCAACUGGCGAUACCUUGUCACAUCUGGCUGGUGGCUGGACAAUUUAUUGGCAAGGUGCUACCGAUGAUGGUUGGCAAGGCAACACCAGCGACGAGCAGUUCUAUUCCAACGGCACAACCAUCCAUAAUGGUGUGCGUGCUGCUGCGCCUGAGGGCACGACUGUGGAGUACAUGCAAGGCUUCGAUAUCGAAGGCAACGAUAUAAACAUGGCUGAAGUGAUUGCAGCAGCAGCAGACUAUGAUGUGAUCGUAGCAACCAUUGGUGAACACGUGUAUUCUGAAGCACCAGGUGACAUCCACGAUAUUCGAUUGCCCCUUGGUCAAGCCCAGUCGGUCAGGAUGCUUGCCGGUACCGGUAAACCGGUCGUCUCAAUUCUGGUUGAAGGCCGUCCACGCACGUUGGACUCCAUUCCUGAAGAUUCCGAUGCACUUGUCCAAGCAUAUUUGCCUGGUCCUUGGGGUGGCCAUGCAAUUGGUGAAAUCUUGUUCGGCAAAGUUAAUCCAUCGGGUCGUCUUCCAUACACUUACCCCAAGUACGCUGGUGAUAUUAACCUAAGCUACUGGCGCCAAGCCAACGAUGUCUGGGACCCUCUUUACGAGUUCGGUCACGGUUUGAGCUACACCAAGUUUACUUACAGCAACAUCACACUCGCAGAGAAGGAAGACAGCAAUAGCGUUUUGGAACCUGGUAUGACACGCACCGUCUCGAUCCGAGUCACCAACGAAGGGCCGUACGAUGGCUUGGAAACCGUGCUCAUGUUCAUCCAUCAGCCAGUACGUUUGGUGACCCCACCUGCCAAAUUACUCAAGGGCUUUGAAAAGAUCCAAUUAGCUGCAGGCGAGUCCAAGACGGUCGAUUUUGAAGUUGGCGCAGAUAUGUUCCGCUACACUGGAUUAGACGAUGUGCCUCAAGGCACCAUUGACAACGGUCCUGUCAAGAUCCUGAUUGGCGAACAACAAUUUGAUUUCGAGAUACGCGUCUAG